GUUCUAUUCUUUCUUUCUCUCAAACAAAUUAAAAAGGUUGUAUUUUUUCCCUUUUCUUUUUCAAUUACUUUUCCUCGUAUUUGCGUACUUCUCUGCUGCUCUGGCAAUUUUUAUUUGUAUUUUUUCCUUUCUGGGUCGUGUAAAUUGCUGUUUGUUUAAGUGCUUUGUGGAUUUGUGAUGUUGAAGAGGAAAAAGAAGGUGAAGAAGAAGAAAGGGAAGUCUCUACAGUUGACGAGCUGAGAAAUUAGGUUUUUCUGUGCAUUUAAAGUUUCUUCUGGUUGAUUCCGGCUCGUUGUAUUUGUCUGGGGUUGGACAGAAAGGAAUUCUAAAGAGGGAAAUUGAUGGGCCUAUCAGAUUUCCAAGUUCAAAUUUCUCCUUAUAAUUGGUGGCUUGAUCCAGUGUAGUUGACCAGAUCUGAAUGUUCAUUUCAUUUUUCCCUCACUUUUUUAGGCCUUCCACGUGUUGCUUCCCCUGACUUGGCUUCCUACUUUGGGUCUUAUCAAGUUUCUUACGGAUGGAAAAUGGUUUGUUCAACCCCAACAUUCACAUUCCAAGAUCAUUCUUAAUGACAGAAAAAGGCGGUGGAUUAGUUGAAAUAUGACAGGUCUUGUUAUUUUAGAGGGGUUAGGGGGUAACUUUUAUCAUUGCUUAGGUAGAGAAUUUGAUGGAGGAAAUGUCCCCAGCGGUUGUGGUGCCAUUUAGGGUAGGUAAUUCAGUCUGUGAUAACCCCAACAUGGCAACCCCCAUGGAUAUCACAAGACUUAAGCUAAUGGCAGAUACUGCUGGUUUGUUAUCUGAUUCUGUGACUAAGGCUUCUGAUGACCUGACUGAAGUAGGUUCUGAUGAUUGUAAGAGUUCUAAUGGGGAGGAAGAGGUUGGUAUUACUACAGUUUCGGUUACGAAUGACAAGUGCGAAGGAGUUCCAUUGUCAGUUGUGUUAUCUCAAAAUAAUAGCAGUUGGGUUGCGGAAAAUGAGUCGAUAUCCCAUGGAAGUGAGGAAGAUGAUUCUUUAUCUUUAGAGGGCGAUCACAUUUAUGAUAGCUCUUGUUCGCAUUCAGUGAUUAGUGAGAAUAGCAGUAUUUGUGGUGAUGAUUUUUUAGGUUCUGAGGUAUCUUCUUUUGAAGCAUUUGAUUCCAUCAGCAAUGCAAAGGACAUUAGCAGCGUUGAGAUUGCAGCUAAAGCCAAUAUUGAAGAGACUAAUGUCGAAAGUCUUGACACUCAGAUUGCGAGUUCUUCUUCUGCAGCAGCUAGCCUUGAAGAAGAUGUUGGAGAUGGGCUAGGCACUGAAGCAUGUAAUAACAUGGUUCUUCAGCUUCCUCUUGAGAAAAGGGCAAGCGAACCAGUCGGUCGAAGUGUUUUUGAGGUAGAUUGUGUUCCCCUUUGGGGAUUUACGUCGGUCUGUGGAAGAAGACCCGAGAUGGAAGAUGCAGUGGCAACUGUACCGAGGUUUUCGGAACUUCCAGUCCAAAUGCUUGUUGGUGACCGAGUUCUUGAUGGCUCAAACAAGGCUAUAGCUCACCAAACCGUUCAUUUUUUUGGGGUUUAUGAUGGUCACGGUGGAUCUCAGGUCGCAAAUUUUUGUCGUGAACGUAUGCAUUUGGCUUUAUCUGAGGAGAUAGAAUUGGCUAAGCAAGAUAUAGCUGUUGGCAAUAUGAAGGAUAAUUGCCAAGAGCUAUGGAGAAAGGCAUUCACCAAAUGUUUUCUAAAAGUUGAUGCUGAAAUUGGAGGGGGAACUGGUGUUGAGCCUGUUGCGCCAGAAACUGUAGGCUCCACUGCUGUUGUUGCAAUUAUCUGUGCCUCUCACAUUAUUGUUGCAAACUGUGGAGACUCAAGAGCAGUUCUUUGUCGUGGGAAGGAGCCAAUGGCAUUGUCUGUGGAUCAUAAACCAAACAGAGAAGAUGAAUAUGAAAGGAUUGAGGCCGCGGGAGGAAAGGUCAUACAGUGGAACGGGCACCGUGUUUUUGGUGUUCUUGCAAUGUCGAGAUCCAUUGGUGAUAGAUACUUGAAACCAUGGAUCAUCCCAGAGCCAGAAGUGAUGUUCCUCCCUCGGGCGAAAGACGACGAAUGCCUCGUUCUAGCGAGUGAUGGUUUAUGGGAUGUGAUGACAAAUGAAGAGGUAUGCGACUUGGCUCGAAGACGAAUCCUACUCUGGCACAAGAAGAAUGGCGUCAGUUUGCCUUCUGAGAGGGGGCUGGGGAUCGAUCCUGCAGCCCAAGCAGCCGCAGAAUACCUCUCAAACCGAGCUCUUCAAAAGGGCAGCAAAGACAACAUCACAGUAAUCGUGAUCGAUUUGAAAGCUCAAAGGAAGUUCAAGACAAAAUCAUAACGAAAUCAUUCUUCCUCUUUUUAGUUGUACUUGUACCAUAUUAUUGUUAUGAUUUAUGAGACAAGGAAACACGAUGAUAUUAAUGUUCGCCCGACUAUUUUUCUUCGGGGCAUUAUGAUAUUAAUGAUAUGAAUGUGAAGGAAGUAUGCAGCAUUCUAGAAUCUCCAUGGCACUAAGAGCAUUUGUUAUAAGCUCUUCAGUCCUGAUGAGUUCUGGCAAUGUAAAUGACUGCUGCAGCAAUGUGAUAGAAUAGGUGAAACAAACUGGGAAACCCUUCCACUUUUAUGCACUAUUUUCUUUGUAUCAAUUCGUACUCUUGGUGCUUAUUAUAAAGAAUUAGCAGAAAUUGAGGCUUUUCUUUUGUUA